AUGAAGUCGAACGGACGCUCGUUGUCGAGACGUCAGGCACGUCUACCCGAGCAGCGGUUGCUCUUGUCCAGACGACCACGGCGGCAGGAGCUCGAAAGCGAGAUGAAGGAUCAAUGGCGCGUGAAGGAGCAGAGCGCAAAUCGCGUGGAUUGCUGGUGGAACUCAGACGGAGACGACGGCGUAACCAGGCCGGACAAUACGUGCUUGAAUAAAUAUUACGACCACUGCGAGACGAGCGAUGCAGCGGCACUAAGACCGGAAGUCACGAGCAAUGGCUCUUCACGUCGGAGUACGACCAACGCUUUCACGACGACAGAGUCGUGGAAGACUCUGGUAUUGAAGAAGGCGUGUAACAGGGCACUAGUACGAAGGUCUUUGCUGCUGAAGUCGAGCAGCUGCAACCCGGCGCGGAACACGGACAGCUCGUUCGUGGGGAGGCGGAGACGACGCCAGCUCACGGGACCAGCGGUGAAUGUGAGCGGCGGAGGCUCGCGUGACAGGAGGAGCCACUGUACGGUACACUCCGCACCCACAGCUGCGGUGGGUGCGACGGACACAGGAUUCGACGUGUACGUGACUGCCCCGGUGCCCCCUAAGCGUGGCUGCGCGGUCAGCUGCGGUCCUGUGAGAGGCAGGGUUGAGCAGUAA